AUCUUCAGUUUGCAAUUUUUAAUCUCCAAAUCAUAAUCUGUUGCCCAUUUCCGACAAUGUAUAUCAAUCUUUAAUCUCGAUUAUUUUAAUUUACUUUUUUCCUUAAAAAAAAGAAAGUUAAAAGUUAAAUCAAGUAAAACUAAUCUAUAUUGAUAGAAACGGACAUAAUGUUGAUCUGAGUACAGGUGCAAUUCAACCUCGUUGCAACCGAACGGAACAUUCUCAUUCUCGAUUGCGCAAAACUCGUACGGGGAGGAAUGUUCCAGAGAUAUUGGCUAUAGUUGAAUGAUAACGACAUAAUUGAGACGUGCAUUAUAUAGUUAUAUCUAUUAAUCGGAGAGCCGUUGUCACAUCGAGUAAACCCAUAUUCACGCUGAUUCAUACGAUCUGGAGAUCUGCGAAUCCACGAAGAGGCUUUUAAAGCGAUUCAGCUGGUUCCUCUCGAUCUCAAGAUCGUGGUUCAACAUGUCAAAUCCGUCAGAGCGCAUUAAUUACGUGCAAGACAGCAGCAGCGAUACAGAAACAGAUUACAAAGAGACCGAUGGGAGAGGAAGACAUCGUUUAUACAAGAACAGAUUGAGUUGUGGUGGCUCGUCGAAGCCGAAAUCUUGUCUGGUACAGAGGGAUAGCAGCGGCGAUCGACAUUAUCAUUCUUUCAAUACCGGCAGAAAUUCCCACGGCAUGAGAGUCAUGAACAGAAUUCGUUCAAACGUUAAUAUGGCAAAACAAAAUCAAAGUCAAAGUCAGAACAGCAACAGAGAUAAUGCAAUAUCAGGAGGAUCGGCGACGGCAUCUACUACCGGGGUUAGCAAUCAACCAGCUAGUGAUGAAAGAAUCACCUUAAUCGUUGACAACACCAGAUUUAUUGUUGAUCCUGCUUUAUUCACAGCACAUCCCAACACUAUGUUGGGUCGUAUGUUCAGCUCGGGCGUGGAAUACGCUCAACCUAAUGAACGCGGCGAGUAUGAGGUCGCCGAUGGCAUUUCCGCCAUGGUUUUCCGCGCAAUUCUGGAAUAUUAUAAAGGCGGAGUAAUUCGGUGUCCUCCAACUGUAAGUGUUCAAGAACUACGAGAGGCGUGUGAUUAUUUGCUAGUGCCUUUCGAUGCUAGCACUGUAAAAUGCCAAAAUCUCAGAGGAUUGCUGCACGAGUUAUCGAACGAAGGUGCACGCUGCCAGUUCGAGGUAUUCUUAGAAGAUUUAAUCUUGCCAUUAAUGGUGAAUAGCGCACGACGUGGUGAUCGCGAGUGUCACAUUGUUGUCUUGCUUGAAGACGACAUCGUCGAUUGGGACGAGGAGUAUCCGCCUCAGAUGGGAGAAGAAUAUUCUCAAACUGUCAAUAGCACGGCGAUGUAUCGCUUCUUUAAAUAUAUUGAGAAUCGAGAUGUUGCCAAGCAAGUGAUGAAGGAGCGCGGUCUCAAAAAAAUUCGUUUAGGUAUCGAAGGUUAUCCGACUUACAAAGAAAAAGUAAAGAAACGUGCCGGUGGUCGUGCUGAAGUCAUCUAUAAUUAUGUUCAACGACCUUUCAUCCAUAUGUCUUGGGAAAAGGAAGAGGCCAAGAGUCGCCAUGUUGACUUCCAAUGCGUUAAAUCUAAGUCAGUGACAAAUCUCGCUGAAGCCACAGCCGAUCCUGUUCUGGAUGCUGCUGGAAAUCCUAUGCUUCUUCAGGUUGCUGAAGGAGCAGUUUCCCAGCCGGAAAUAGUUGGACUUCCUAUGGGUUCGGAUGUUGAUGUGGAUGGACCGAUGGGAUCUGGAGAUCAAGAUUUAGGCCCAUUACCAUCUGACGAUCUACCAUAAAAGAUGGGAAUAGAGUAGAGUGGAAUUUAGAAAUCUCGAAAAAAUUUGGAAACAAACUUUAAGAAAAUAUUUAUAAUUUUUUAAAAAUUCUUAAGAAAAAUCUUAUAAUCUUUCUAUCGUGAAGGAUGAGAAUUGAAAACCGGAGUGUACUAAAUUCUUAAAAGACUGAGAUGUAUUUUGACUUGAAUCGCUAAAAAUUGAACCUUGAAGGCUGUAGAAUACAUUGGAUUUUAAUGAUUAUUGAGAACGGAAAAUAAACGAAUAAUUCUCCAAGAUGCAUAUCCUGAAGAUUUUAAAGUUUAGAAAAAGGAAUGGUUCGAUUAUUUAUAAGGUAAUUUCUCCGUCCUUAUGAUACUCAUUUCUUGUAUAGAGAAAAAUUUAUUUACAUCAAAAGACUUACUUAAAAUGAAUAAUUUUAAUUAUAUUAUAAUUUUGAUUAUAUUGAUGGAUAAGAACUUAUUUAUUGUACUAUUAAAUACAUGGCUUUUUUUUUUUUUAGAUUUUUGGUAUCGCACAAUAUGUAUGGCUAAAGGAUGUAUAUCAAAAGUCUUAUCAAGACGCUAUGCACUCCAGUCUUUAUGAUUUAAUGUUUCGUCUUUUUUUUUUUUUCAAUUUUUUGUUCCGGGUUUAUAUGAUUCUGUCUAAAAAAUAUUUAUUGAAAUCAAUGGACAUAAGAAAAGAUAUUUUUAAUUAGUGAUAAUGAUAUGAAUGUCGUUUUUCGCUUUGUAUGAUCCUUCAAGAUCUAUAUGAUUCUGUUUAAGCAAAAAGACUCAUAUUAAGACUAAACAUAAACUUCUUCGUCUAAUAUCUCUUGUCAUAUAUAACUUUUGCAAUGUGUAUAUAUAAGCGUUUAUUACAUAUAUAUAGAUUUACGACAUACUGUGUGAAUAUAAUUGCGAUCGAUGUAUUAUUAUAAUAACAUCUACCAUCGUUCUUUCCCGUUUUAUACCAUUAUGAUAAAUAAAGUUGAAUACGCGAUUUCUCAAUAAA